AUGAAUGUCGGAAGCCGCAGAUCGAGCUUCUCACCUCCCUCCUGGCUGACAUUGAAUAGGUCGUCACGAAAUCCUGGAUACGAUGCCACCGAGUCGAGACGAUCUCCCAGAGACAGGUCGCCAGGACGAUACAACGACCCGCGUGAUGCGGACCAGUACCGCGCCGGCUUUCGAGGUAAUGGUGAUCGACGCAGGUCGAUUCCAGACGCGCGGUCCAGCAACCAUGGCGCUUUCCAGGCCAACAGAGAACUCUUCACCGAGCCCACCAGACGUGAAGCCGCUCGAGACUUUCCGCCGCGAGAUAUCCCACGAGGUCCAAAAGCAUCGGUAGGCCACGAACGGAGUGCUCCUCAUGAUCGUAGCCUUCCUCACGAAGCUCCCACUGGCCCGCGCGCUUCUCAGCCCAGUCAUGACUUUCGAGGGGACUCCAAUUAUCGAGGUGACUUUGGUUUCCGAGGUCGAGGAAGAGGCCGAGGGAGAGGACAGUGGCUGAGGGAAGACAGUCGAGACCGGGGGAGCCGUGAGGCAGACCGUGGUGAUUUUAGGGAUCGAGACCGACGGCCGGAUGAGCGAGGUCCUCCACCUUUCCGUGAUGACAGAGGCCGCGAUCGAGAACGAUGGGAUUCGCGCGACCAGCGAGAUACAUUUAGAGGACGGAGGCCUUCGUCACCCCAGGGCAGAGGCCGCUCACCAAACUACGGUAGCCGAGACACCAGAGACCCGCCGUCAAAUUUGGAUCUAGACCGGACUCAUCGAGCGGCCAGAGAUGCACCAUCGUCAACGGUUUCCCCGUCUGGCGAUGUGAUUCAGCCGUUCGGACGGGGCGGUUUUGGAAGAGGUAGGGGCGCACGAGGACGAGGGAGAGGGUUUUAUGACGAAUAUCAUCGGCCACCAUCUAUCCGCAGUCGAUCACCAGAACCUUAUAACAUUAAUCGUAGAACUUUACAGUCUGCCACACCACCUCCUCAAGUCCCGGCAUUUGGUUCCACCGCGGCAAAGAUCACGACUCCUAUCACUCCUUCGCAAAUAGUACCACCGCCCAAUGCCUUCCAUACCGCUCCAACAGCACCGGCGACCACUACCUCGUUACCUCCCACGGUACCAAAAGGACCUCGUGUACCUGUGGCACCCUUAGCGCGACAGCCAUAUGCCCAAGGACUGCAUAGGCCGGCCUCUUCGACGUGGAUACGCCCUCCAGAUAGACCUUCUCCGGAGUUGCGAACACGAGAGGAUGAUUUAUUUCCAAAUUAUGCUCCGACCAAGGACGAUAAUUCGAACCAUGACAAUGUGUCAAAUUUCGAUAAUGCAUCAACUCAUGAAGAGGUCGCCUCCGUAAACUCUAAUGCACAGCGCAAGCCAAGUAGCGAGCCCCAGUCUGCUCGUUCUCCACCGCGAGAAGAACCACCGCCUAAGAAGCGAUACCCUUGUAUCGGUCGUCGACAACCAACGAUCCCAUCACCGGUACCAGAAGAUUCCGACGACGACGACUCUGAUUCCGAAGAAGAAUUGAACGACAAUUACUUCGAGGAAGAAAUCGCCAGAGUCAAAGCCGACAUAGCCAAGGUUGAAGCUUCGAAUCCUUUACUUCCACCUAUUGUGCCUGUGAUAGCCAGCGAUUGGAGACCUUUCAUAGAGCCGAUCGUUGACAAUGUUAUCCCGGAUCCUUGUUCUACUUCGAGUGCUCAGCAGGAGCAAAAGGUCGAACAACCAAAAGAGCCAACCGCUUCGGUGUCGGAGACUGAGCCAAAGAUCACCCUGGAUGAUGCCAUAUCGCCGGCACUUCCUCCAGCUGUGGAGCCAGUCACAGACAGUGCAGAGGGCAACAUUAGGUCUCUGGUAACUGAAGCAGUCAAAAAUGAACAGGAGGAUUUGGCUCAAGCAACGGCGACGAACUCUGUGGUUAUUCCGGAGAGUGAAGAUGUGGAAAUGGCGGAUGAGGUUACACAACCACCAAUUCUAGUAGCGCCAGCUCUCCCUGCCGCAAAUGAAGAAUCGUCCAGCAAACCUACCGUGACAUCUGUUGAUGCUCAGGCUGGGGUGGAACCGUCUCUGUCUAAUGGACACCCCAGACCAGCUCUCGAAUCAGCGCCUGUAUCUCCUGUCAAUGCUUUACCUAUACGUGUCGACCAGAUAGCCGAAGCAGAUGAGGAUGUGAAAAGAAACGACUUGGUAGCGAAUACUAACGGGCACAGUGCUAUGGAUCUAGAUGAACCAGAGAAGCCUGCAAUUCCUAUACAACCAGCUGCAAAUGGUGCACCCGUUAGAAGACUCACGAUUGAGGAGAAUGAGGGAAGCGAUGGAUCACAAGACGAACAGGAAAGGGAGGAAGAGCUUGAAGCUGUCCGACGAAUGAUGAAAACACCUCCGUUGAAUAGCUUACCAAGAUCGAACACAGGCAGCUUCUGGGACAACGUAGAGGACCAUGCGCACCUCGAGAUUCGACAUGGCAGAACGGAGAAGCGGAUAAAAAAUCAUAUCCACGCCACCGAAGAUCGCAGAAACUCCGUCAACGAAGCCGAAGGACGCGCUUGGGCUCAACGUUAUGAAGCAUACCGGCAGUUUACUGAUUUCUCACAAGAUCCAGACGCCGUGCGCAGUCGAGCGCAAUUCGCAGCAUCGCGUGCAAAGGCUGCAGCUGAAGCCGCGGCUCCCCAUGUGUCGUCGGUUGCUUCUGCUAGCGCGAAACCUGAAGGUCGUCGUGCCCAUCGAUUCGCAACCGAACGAGACUUUGAGCGCGUCUUGAGAGAGUCGGAGGCUGAGGCCAAAGAAAAGGAGCAAGAUGAGCGCCUUGCUCGAGCCAAAACCGCCAGCGCCAAGGAAGCCACCAUUCCAGCGAUGCGUGAUGCUCAAUGGUGGUUAGAGAAUGGAUACGUAGAUAUGUCGCACAGAGUACCGUUCAACAGGUCUUUCGCUUUACUCGAGUAUGGAGAGCCAAUCGACAACUUCACCCCAGAAGAGUCGGAAACCUUUGAAAAGGUCUACUUGGAAACCCCGAAGAAUUGGAGCCGUGUCGCGGAAGCACUCGAUCAUCGCGACUUCAAGGCCUGCAUUCAACACUACUAUCUUGUUAAGCAUUCGGCUAAGCUUAAAGAAAAGGCUAGCAGCAAGAAAAAGAAGAAGGGGAGAGGACCAGCGAAAAAGCGUCAGACCACCGCCAUGUCAGCGAUGGUUGAGAAUAAUGAUAACGCUGAGGAUGACCAAGAAAACGAAACUGGUGGAAGUAAACGACGACCCAGAAGAGCCGCCGCCCCUACCUUUCCUAUCGAUGCGCAUGCUGCUGCGCCGAAUGAGAGUGAAUCGGGAACGCCUGUCCCUACGCCUGGGCGAAAAUCUGCUACCGUACCGAAGUCAGAGAACGGAAGCGAGGCUGGACCGGCCAAGAAGAAGGUCAAAGUCGCCAGAGAAUCGAAGAAACAGUCGAAAAAUAAUCCCCUUUUGGCAGCAGCUCCAAUGGCUGCCGCUGCACGCCGUGAUGAUUCUCCCAUCACACCUGUUCCUCCGCCUAUCCCUCUGGAGGCCAAGCUCGCUCGGAAUAAUGUCAGUCAAUCUCGCUUUCCCCCUCAAUUCGACGGACCCUCUUCCACCGGCCAGGCCAUUCAACCACAGCCGGCGUUUGCUCCCUUGGUUUCUUCUUCUUUUAUUCCUUCCCCAGCACCUAUCGAGAGACAGGCUCCAUCGAUGACAGGUACCUUUGAGAUAAUGCCUCAACCUCACCUCUCCCCGCAACCCCAAACUCCCCAGCAGCAGCCACUGUCCUAUCCUAGCCAAGAACGAGUUGGAUCGAUGACCCCUCUGAGUUUCGAUACGAACCAGGCGAGCCGUAACAUCCAACAAACCUCCAGUUAUUGGAGUGUUCCCGAGCAAAAUGAUUUUCCUGCGUUGUUAAGGCAUUUUGGAUCGGAUUGGCAAGGGAUAGCAAAGCACAUGACAUCAAAGACGCAUAUUAUGGUAUACACCAACCUUUUUCAACAAUGGCUACAAGUGCCGUCUGACAGCAACAAGAGUCGACGUGUCGCUAACAUUCAGACACAGGUCAAGAACUUCUAUCAGCGCCGGGUGGACAAUGGACAGAGGGACUGGGAGGAGAUGGUAAAAGAGGCUGAUGCUAAGCGUGAACGAGGCGAAUCUACAGGUCUCGCUCCUACCCCGUCCAUCAUCCCGAAGAGACGAUACGAUCCGACUGGCUCACUACCUCCUCGAUCGGGCUCUGCUAUGGAUGGGGUUGAGGGUAUGGCAUCCCCAGGAUCAAGCUCCAUGAUGCAAGCGAUACGCCCAUCACAGGCGUCUCCUCCACAAGCCCAGCACACCCCAACACGAUUUCCUGCUCUUGCGACGGCUGGCCCCGUACCUCAUAUUCAGCCGGCAGCUCCGGCUUCUAUUAUUAAUAAGCAGGUGACUCCACAGCCUUCUAAUCAGUCGACCCCCCAACCGACCCAGAGGGGACCUCGAGGACCUCCGCUUGGUUAUUUUACGGCAAACAAUCCGGAGCCACAAGUUCGUCCCGCUUUACAACCUCGCACUGAUUCUGCAGUGUCGUCGAGAGAACGAUCUUUCCAAGUUGCCAGAGAAGCACAACUGGAGCAGAACGCAGCUCUACGGUUGGCCCAGGAACAAAAGGAACGGGACGACCGAGAGCGUGAAAGAUUACAGCAACAGCAACAGAUAGACCAAGAUGAGCAGCAAAAGCAUCAUCUAGCGCAUCAGAGAGAGAGAGAGCAACGUGAACGAGCGCUGAGAGAAGAGCAGAGGCUUGCAGUUCAAUUACAAGAACAACAUGCGUUGCGUCUAGAACGUGAGAGGGAGCAACGCCAGCAGCUGCACAGACAACAGCAGCAGCAGCAGCAGCAGCAGGAGGAAGCGGCCAAGCAAAGAGCACGGGAAGUGGCAGCUUCGAAGCUCAAGGAGGAGUAUAUUGAGGGAAACAUGAGAGGCAAUCUUCAACAAAUCGAGGCCUACUCGACGCCUAACAUGCGUCCCAAUGUUCCUGCCCACUCAAGAACUGAAGGUCCGCACGCCUCGGAAGCUCGACGUCCUCUUCUUGAGCACCAACAGACCCAGUUUCAAUCUCGACCUCCGCAACAGCCCAGGAGAUUUGUGAAUGAGAGUAUGAAGCCUGCUGCAAGUCACCGAGAGAUUCGCGAACGCGAAAUGCAACCCAGCAUAUCACCUUCCAUGCACCGACCUGCACCGAGCGCUAAUCCAUUGAGAAACGAACAACAGAGUGUGCCACCGGUGGUACAACAAAAGCCUCAUCAGGUUUUGCAACCGCAUAUUCCACAACCGACGCCCACACCUGUUCCAGCUCAUGUUAGCGCGGUUCGUCAGCAAGAAACAGUGCGCAAGACUUCCAAUAUCAUGUCCCUGCUCAACGAUGAUCCGCCGGAGGCCCGUUCUGAGCCACCAAAGCGUGUGGUAAACAUGUCAGCUACUCCACAGCCGCCAGCUCAAGUUCAUACGCCCCCUCCCCAGCAUCCGCUUCAGGCAAAUCGGUUUGCAUCCCAUCAACCUCAGCCGCCUACCCAACCACAAGCUAUGGCUCAAUCGAUUCCAACCCAACCCGCGGCACAUGCACAACAACCGCCCCAUCAGCAUGGCUCUCACCAUAUAACACCAAGCCCUAAUCCUUACGCUCAAGCUUCUCCGCAUCAUUCGCAUCAUCAUUCUUCGUCCAUCGGUCACUCUCGACCCUAUACACCGACGGGUUUCGAUCGAAGAGCUUAUGAGCAGCCCCCACCCUCUCAGCAAGCCCAACAACAGCAACAGCAGCAACAACAAAUGUACUCACAACCACCACCACGCCAACCGAUGUCCUCUCAACCUCCGAUACGUAGAGAACCAUCACAUGGUGAAAUGCAUGCGUUGAAUAGUGAGUAUGCAGGUCGUACGGGAGCUGGUCAAUCUUCAAUGAGGCUCAAAGCAUCUCCAUAUACCUCGACUCCGCCACCUGCAGGUACUCAACCCACUCGACAACAGGUUGGAUCACCUUUGGAGCUAUCUGUGCCAGGCGAAAGGGAUUUCUACUCUCGUCAGCCGCAAGCUCAAUAUUUGAUGCAACAGCAAUCUGCAGCCCCAUCUCCACAAUUGGGACCGACAUAUCAACACCCACCGUCGCAGCCUGCCACUCAUCGACUAGCGUAUAGCCAGAGUCAAUCUCAUGCAGCAUCUCCACCACCACACUAUCCUGCACAGCAGCCACCUCCUCAACAUCAUCCACAGCAUCAACAAUACCGUUCACGACACAACAGUAUUGAUGGCCGUGAUCCUCGACAUCCUUCUACGUCCUCAGGUUCCACCCCUUCGCAUUCAGGAUAUCCACAAGCUCCUACACAUCCUGCUUCGAUGCAAUACCAACCACCGCCUGCGGAUCGGUAUGAAAGCAACUACGAUAGGGAGAGGCGGCUACAGGAGGAGCAACAAGCAGCUGUCUACCAUCAGAGGAGGCAUGAUGACGCUCGUUUUUAG